AUGCUUAAGUCAGGACUAUUCCAGAGGUAUUGCCUUUGGUGCCUCCUUGCACAGAGCGCCUUUCGUGCUUCCGUAAAGGCAACUCUGGUCCAGGUGUCCGUCGACAGCACCGGAGCCAGCCACGGCCACAGCUCUUCGCGAACACACCGGUCGCGAUUGCUUCGUUCCUCGGCAGGCAGGGAGGAGCGAGAGCACUAUGAUCUGCUCAUUGUCAUCCCAGCCAGCGCAGAGCGGGACCAACAGCGCAUGGAUGCUGUCAGAGAGACGUGGACACUGGACAUUGACCCCGAAACACACCAGUGUGCCAGGUGCCAGAGCAACCGCACGGUGAAGUACCUGUUCUUGCUGGGUAACGAGGCAGCCGACGAGGCUCCCGAGAAGGAUGUCGCGAUUUUGCGAAGGUGCAGCAGUGACUAUGAUCAUCUUGCGCACAAAGUUCGUCAGGGGAUCCGGUAUGCGGUGACACACUACAGCUUCCACUUGCUGUUGAAAGCUGACACUGACUCCUGGAUAUUCCUCGACCGCCUGAUUGACUUCGCAGAGGGCCACCGCUUGUUUUCCAG